GCCUGCGCGUGCGCCUGUGGUCCAGGAUGGGCUGGCGGCGGGUCCCAGUCUGCGGGCUGGUGCUGCGGAGGGCGGGCGAUGGUUGGUUGGACUGAAACGAGCCCGGACGGGUUGCGGAGCUGGAGGGGGUGGCAGUGAGCGGCGGCGGAGGCUGUGGGGUUCCAUUUGGCUGACUGGGGAGUCGGCAGGCGGCAGGCGACUCCAGAGACCCUGCCUUGGCUUGGAGCAGCCUGCCUCUCCCUCAGCACUUUACUGUGGCCCUUCGCUCUAGGUGUGCCUCAUCUUGGAUUUGCGGUGCACCCAAGUGGUGUGAUGAGCCAUGCGGGGCCCGCGGAGCCUGCUGCUGGGGCCCGCCCGCCUCUGCCUGCGCCUGCUUCUGCUCCUGGGCUCCAGGCGCCGCCGCCUGCCUCUGCUCCGGGGCCUGGUACAGCGCUGGCGCUACGGCAAGGUCUGCCUGCGCUCCCUGCUCUACAACUCCUUUGGGGGCAGUGACACCGCUGUCGAUGCUGCCUUUGAGCCUAUCUACUGGCUGGUGGACAACGUGAUCCGCUGGUGUGGGGUGGUGUUUGUGGUGCUGGUGAUUGUGCUGACCAGCUCCAUCGUGGCCAUCGCCUAUCUGUGUGUCCUGCCUCUCAUCCUCCGAACGUACUCAGUGCCACGGCUCUGCUGGCACUUCUUCUACAGCCACUGGAAUCUGAUCCUUAUCGUCUUCCAUUACUACCAGGCCAUCACCACUCCACCUGGAUACCCACCCCAGGGCAGGAAUGAUAUCGCAACAGUCUCCAUCUGUAAGAAGUGCAUUUACCCCAAGCCAGCCCGAACACACCACUGCAGCAUCUGCAAUAGGUGUGUGCUGAAGAUGGAUCAUCACUGCCCCUGGCUAAACAACUGUGUGGGCCACUAUAACCAUCGGUACUUCUUCUCUUUCUGCUUUUUCAUGACGCUGGGCUGUGUCUACUGCAGCUACGGGAGUUGGGACCUUUUCCGGGAAGCUUAUGCUGCCAUCGAGAAAAUGAAACAGCUCGACAAGAACAAACUACAGGCGGUUGCCAACCAGACUUAUCACCAGACCCCACCACCCACCUUCUCCUUCCGAGAAAGGGUGACUCACAAGAGUCUUGUCUACCUCUGGUUCCUGUGCAGUUCCGUAGCACUUGCCUUGGGUGCCCUAACUGUAUGGCAUGCUGUUCUCAUCAGUCGAGGUGAGACUAGUAUCGAAAGGCACAUCAACAAGAAGGAGAGACGUCGGCUGCAGGCCAAGGGCAGAGUUUUUAGGAAUCAUUACAACUACGGCUGCUUGGACAACUGGAAGGUAUUCCUGGGUGUGGACACAGGAAGGCACUGGCUUACUCGGGUGCUGUUACCUUCCAGUCAUCUGCCCCAUGGGAAUGGAAUGAGCUGGGACCCCCCUCCCUGGGUGACUGCUCACUCAGCCUCUGUGAUGGCAGUGUGAGCUGGAUUGUGUCAGCCACAGCUUGAGCACCACUCUGCUUCCUGCAUUGUCUCAAGGGCCUCCAAGGAUAGCUUCUUGGAAUCCUUGGGCAAAAAAAGUCAGUGGGCCUGCCGUAGAGUACCAUGCAGGGACAACUCAAGGACCAGUCUCUUGGCUAUUGCAGAAACAAGGCAUGAUGUGGAAAAAUCCUAGGACUGAUGUACCUUGACUCAGCUCAGGCAAACUGAAGUUCCAGCCCCAGACUGGAGAUUAGGCAGCUAGCAACCCUGCCAGGUGCUGACCCCAACCUCCUCCAGGUUCCAGCACUGGGGUUGGCCACCACCUCUGCCACUUGCUAUCUGAGAAAACACCUGAACAGUAGAACGGAGAUUCUGGCUUCCCAACAGGGCAAGACACCAGGCCUACUGCUGAGGUCACUGCCACUUCUCACAUGCUGCUGAAGGUGAAAAAUAAAGGUAUUUGAUUUUUAAAGAUA